UUAGACUUGAGACAUCCUAAGCAAGCAGCAUGAGUCACAGAUUUCAUUCUCUCUCCAACUGAUAAGAAACGUAGUUCCAUGUGGGCUCUUAGGAUCCACUCACUUAACUCUAAACUCGUCGUGUGUGUUCCUUCUUUCCACUUCAAACUUGUGACCCAGAAAAAAGACCCUUUCCAUUCUCCUCCUUUUCUUCCUCCUCCACUGGCUGCACCUCGCUGCCGUGUCUCUGCCUAGCGUGAAAUUGGCCUCAUUUCCCAUCUGGGUCCUGUGAAUUGCGAUUGGAACCGCGUUUUCCCCGCUUCUGGGCUUGGCUCAGAAGUAGUCAGAAUGAUGUCUGUCACAGGCAAAAGCAUUGAUUUUGCUGGCAAAAACUUGGUCUCUUGUGGCUGCUCUUCCAAUGCUUCUUCGUUUGAUAGGUACACUGUGAGGAACUAUGCCAAGCUGAAUAGUAAUAAUUCUAAAGGGUGUGGCAGAGACCAUGGGGCUCGUAAAUUGGUUUGUUGUAAGAAGAGGAGCACUCAUUGUCGGGUUUCUUCUAUGAAGACUGCACAGCCUACGGUGAAUGGGGGGACUCAUGCAUUUGAAGGCCUUACCACAGGAUUGGACUUGAAGGGUUAUUCAGAAGACCCCAUUUCCCCUGCUAGGUUUUUUGAAGUGGUUGCCGAUGAUCUGCUAACUCUCAAUAAAAAUCUUCAGUCGAUUGUAGGAGCAGAAAAUCCAGUUUUGAUGUCUGCAGCUGAGCAGAUUUUUAGUGCUGGUGGAAAGAGGAUGAGACCAGCUUUGGUGUUCUUGGUGUCAAGGGCGACUGCAGAGUUACUUGGCUUGAAGGAACUUACUGCAAAGCAUCGACGUUUAGCAGAGAUAAUUGAAAUGAUUCAUACUGCAAGUUUGAUACAUGAUGAUGUACUAGAUGAGAGUGACCUUCGACGAGGGAAGAAAACUGUUCAUCAAAUGUUUGGAACAAGAGUUGCAGUGCUGGCUGGAGACUUCAUGUUUGCACAGUCAUCAUGGUAUCUAGCCAACCUUGAAAAUAUUCAAGUCAUUAAACUCAUCAGUCAGGUGAUAAAAGAUUUUGCAAGUGGGGAAAUAAAGCAGGCUUCAAGCUUGUUUGAUUGUGAUGUACAACUUGACGAGUAUCUAAUUAAGAGCUAUUACAAGACAGCAUCCUUGAUUGCUGCCAGCACAAAAGGAGCCGCGAUCUUUAGCGGUGCUGACAGCAGCGUGACUGAGAAAAUGUACGAAUAUGGAAGGAAUCUUGGUCUAUCCUUCCAAGUUGUGGAUGACAUAUUGGAUUUCACUCAAUCAGCCGAGCAACUGGGAAAGCCUGCUGGCAGUGACCUUGCCAAGGGCAACCUGACUGCACCAGUAAUUUUCGCACUGGAGAAAGAACCGAAAUUGAGGGAUAUCAUCGAGUCUGAAUUCAGUGAGGUUGGUUCCCUUGAGGAAGCCAUCAAUUUGGUCAAGAGUUGUGGGGGCAUUGAAAGAGCACAAGAGUUAGCAAAAGAGAAAGCCGAUCUUGCAAUUCAAAGUCUCCAAUGCCUACCUCAGAGCGUAUUUCGUUUAGCCCUUGAAGAUAUGGUGGCAUAUAACCUUCAACGGAUUGCAUAAGCUUGUGCAUGCUGAUGACACAUUGUUAAAGAAAAAACACAAAAAGAUUCUUUUGGUCCUAAUAUAGGGAUGAGAGAGCCUUGAACUUUUUGUCAUUUCAAGAAUUUCAAGCAAAUCUACACUUGUGCUACUUUUGGGGUACUUUUAUAGUCAUUGAAGGGCAAAGCAAGCGCGCAUUCUCAUCAUUUAAUAUAUUUGCAGCUUCCUGCAAAGUACAAGAACAUAAUAUAUUCCAUUAUUGUAUCAAUACAAGUCUGCAGUAUAUUCUUUCCCCCCAUUCUUCCUUUCUGGGAUCUUGAAAACAGUAAAAUAAAAAAUGAUAAUUGAUGUUUCUUUUUUUUUUUUUCUGUUUCUUUUUCUUCUGUAUUUUCUGAGGGUAGUAUAAAAUUUGGCUUGUAAACUCAA